AUGGCUGAAGUGCCCAUUGUGCUCGAUGGCGGAACGGGUUUCCUCAAGGCUGGUUACGCCGGCCAGAACUUCCCCGAGCAACAGUACCCAUCCAUCGUCGGCCGUCCAAUCCUCCGUACCGAAGAGCAGGCUGGUCUAGAUGUCCAGCUCAAGGACAUCAUGUGCGGUGACGAGGCCGCCGCCGCCAGAUCCAUGCUGCAAAUCACCUAUCCCAUGGAAAACGGUAUCGUCAAGCGCUGGGACGACAUGCAACACCUCUGGGACUACACCUUCUUCGAGAAGAUGAAAGUCGACCCCACCGGUCGCAAGAUCCUGCUCACCGAACCGCCAAUGAACCCCCUCAAGAACCGCGAAAUGAUGGCCGAAGUCAUGUUUGAGCGCUACAACUUUGGCGGCGUCUAUGUCGCCAUCCAAGCCGUGCUUGCCCUCUACGCACAGGGUUUGUCGUCUGGUGUGGUGGUUGACAGCGGUGAUGGUGUCACUCACAUCGUUCCUGUGUACGAGAGCACUGUGCUUAAUCACCUCACGCGCAGACUCGAUGUGGCGGGUAGGGAUGUAACGCGUAACCUCAUCAGCUUGCUCACCCGCCGUGGCUACGCACUCAACCGCACUGCUGACUUUGAAACCGUACGCGCCAUCAAAGAGAAACUCUGCUACGUCUCCUACGACCUCGCCCUCGACAAGCAACUCAGCGAAGACACCACCGUCCUAGUCGAAUCCUACACUCUGCCCGACGGCCGCGUUAUUCGCGUUGGCAGCGAACGCUUCGAGGCUCCCGAGUGUCUUUUCCAACCUCAUCUCGUUGAUGUCGAACAACCCGGUAUCGCUGAAUUCUUGUUCAACACCAUUCAAGCUGCAGACGUGGAUGUCAGGAGCAGUCUGUACAAGGCUAUUGUGCUGUCUGGAGGUAGCAGCAUGUAUCCUGGUUUGCCCAGCAGAUUGGAAAAGGAACUCAAGCAGCUUUGGCUCACUAGAGUUUUGCAAGGAAACCCUGAGAGAUUGAGCAAAUUCAAGGUCAGGAUAGAAGACCCACCGAGAAGAAGACACAUGGUAUUCCUCGGCGGUGCCGUCCUCGCAAAUAUUAUGGCCGACAAGGAAAGCAUGUGGAUAUCCAAGCAAGAGUGGCAAGAACAAGGUGCUCGUGCCCUGGACAAGCUGGGCGCGCGAUGA